CACCACCACCACCACCACCAAUGUAUUGAUGAAGUUUUAGUUUGGCAAAUGCGACGGGCUACUGAAAUCUAGGCUAGGCACACAGUCCCAAAACCAGUUUCCCCGGUGUUUUCAUCUAUACAAGCUACUCCCUGUCCCCUUCCAAGAAGAAGAGGAGACUUUAUUUCUGUGAAGAAGAGCUUAGUGCGGCGUGUCGGCCCGGAUAUUGUCUAAUUAAUGGACCAAAACAAUCACGUUGACCGUGUUGUCAUCGGGCACUUUACUCGCCUGCGUAAAACCUGCGUCAUCGGUGCAUUUCUGUCUUUUGACGUUUCUUCAGUUGACAUUUAUUAUUCAAAUCGGAGGUCACGUGCGGAUCGCCCACCAGGUCCAGCGGUUUUCGGCGGCGGGGGCAGUGCCGUGCCCUUCUCCGUCCGAUGCGUAAAGGAGGACCGUCGUUCGGAAGAGCACCGGCAGGCUCCGCGCACUUUGACAGCGAGAGGCGAGACGGCGAGCGAGUUUGGGAAGAGGGAGCGUGUGGGAGGGUGGGAGAGCGCCCUCCCCCCGCCAAAUGUCUGGAUGGAUCCACUCCUUCAUAACCCAACUCUUCUCCAGCCUUGCGCAGAUGGCCAAUGUGUCCAAACCAGACUGUGGACCAGCUUAAACGGCCACGGGGGGACAAGAUGAGAGCAGAUUAGACAUUUAACUCUUCACCCUCUGCUUUUCUUUUAUUCAGUGUACGGUUCAAAUAAAAGUAGCCGAGCAACCCCUGGCGCAAGAGCACUUGGCUACAUGUGAGUGUCUGCCGGUCUCCCAGCGCACUCCACGCCUGCGCUGGUGAUGCCAUGCCGCGAAGUCACACCGGCGACGAGAGCGGCGGCACGGGGCUCUGGCUCAAGACCUCGGCGGGACGCCGGGCGCAGGACUACGCUCUGAGAGAUGUGGAGUCCGGCCGGGUGGCGAUGAAUAGCGCGGCGCGAGUCGGCGACGGUCUCCUGUCGCCCGCCGCGGCAGGUGCGGCGGGAGCGGAGAGGAAGCAGGGCGCCCGGCUCAGCCUGCUGGGGAAGCCGCUGACCUACAGCGCCCAGAGCGGCCGCAGGAACGCGCGGUACCGGCGGCUCCAGAAUUACCUCUACAACGUGUUGGAGAGACCGAGGGAAUGGGCGUUCGUCUACCACGCCUUUGUGUUUAUCCUGGUGUUUGGAUGUCUGGUUCUCUCUGUGUUUUCCACCAUCCCUGUUCACCAGGAAUUCUCCUCACACUGUCUGCUCAUUCUGGAGUUUGUGAUGAUUGUAGUGUUUGGUCUUGAGUACAUCAUCAGGAUAUGGAGCGCUGGCUGCUGCUGCCGCUACCGAGGCUGGCAGGGACGCCUCCGGUUCGCCAGGAAACCAUUCUGUGUCAUAGACAUCAUCGUACUCAUCGCCUCCGUUGCCGUGGUUUCAGCCGGUAGCCAGGGUAAUAUCUUUGCCACCUCUGCGCUGCGCAGCCUUCGUUUCCUUCAGAUCCUGCGCAUGGUGCGCAUGGACCGCAGGGGAGGGACCUGGAAGCUGCUGGGAUCUGUAGUUUAUGCACAUAGUAAGGAGCUGGUGACUGCCUGGUACAUUGGGUUUCUGGUGCUGAUCUUCUCCUCCUUCCUGGUCUAUCUGGUGGAGAAAGAAUUCAACAAGGAGUUUGCCACCUACGCCGACGCUCUGUGGUGGGGCACGAUCACCCUUACAACCAUCGGCUAUGGUGACAAGACCCCGCAGACAUGGACAGGACGGCUGUUAUCGGCCGGUUUUGCCCUGCUGGGGAUCUCCUUCUUCGCACUGCCAGCUGGCAUCCUCGGGUCAGGUUUUGCCCUGAAGGUGCAGGAGCAGCAUCGACAGAAGCACUUUGAAAAGAGGAGGAACCCAGCUGCCAGCCUCAUCCAGUGUGUCUGGCGUAGUUAUGCUGCUGAUGAGAACUCAGUUUCCAUUGCUACCUGGAAGCCUCAUUUGAAGGCGUUGCAUACCUGCAGCCCCGCCAAGAAAGAGCAGGGCGAGACAACUUACAGAAAGGGUCUAAGUAAUGGGAGGCUCUUCAGAGGGUACACUCGGAAAUAUAGGAGUCAGAAGUUGAGUUUUAAAGAGCGGGUCCGGAUGGCGAGUCCUCGUGGUCAGAGCAUGAAGAGCAGACAGACGUCCAUCAGCGAACGCCAACGCUGUUCCCCUGGCAAUGAGGUGGUGGGCGGCGGCGAGCUGAUGGGUGGGAGCCCGGCUAAAGUACAGAAGAGCUGGAGCUUCAACGAUCGGACCCGUUUUAGGCCGUCGCUGAGGUUGAAGAGCCAGACGCGCACGGCCAUCCAAGACGAUAUCACCCUGGGCUAAGACAUAGCCUGGGAUGAUUGUGUGUGUUUGUGUGUGUGUGUGUGUGUGUGUGUGUGUAGGAUCAUGAAGUUCCACGUGGCAAAGAAGAAGUUUAAGGAGACGUUGCGUCCCUAUGAUGUGAAGGACGUCAUAGAGCAGUACUCUGCAGGACACUUGGACAUGCUCUGUCGGAUCAAGAGCCUUCAGACCAGACUAGACACUGUAGUGGGUCCCCCUCCAAGGCCUUUCGGCAGUCGCGUCAAGACCUUUUCCUCUCCCUCCCUGCAUUUAUAUUACAGCCAGGCCCGGAGGAAACAGUCUGCACCGGGACUGGCCAGUGCAGCGGGCUCUGGUCCCAGCCUGAGUAGCCGAUCCAGGAACAUGUCCUCUCCUGCCCUGCAUUAUUGUUACAGCAACAACAGGAAGAAGUGCCCUGGCUCAGGGGUGGAUCAGAUCCUGGGAAAAGGCCAGAUACCUAUGGAUAAGAAGAUGAGAGACAAACUGCACCCAGAUGGAGACUCUUUGGAUGGCAUGAGCAUGCUGGGACGAGUAUGUAAAGUGGAGAGACAGGUAACUUCCAUCGAAUCAAAGUUAGACUCUUUGCUGGACGUUUACCGCCAAGUUCUACAGAAAGGGCCCUCGGCGCUCACCCUCUCCUCCCUGCCUCUGUUCGAGCUGGACAGGCACCAGCACCACAACUCGGACUACCAGACCUCCAUCGUUGGCAGGGAUCUCCCCUCUCCCCAGGGAGGCGAUCCGGUUCGAGGCGGCGGAGAUAACAGUGGGGGCAUACGCCGUUCCCUUAGCGCCAACCCGAGAGGCCUGCGGCUCAUCCUGGCACCUGCCGAUGAUGAUGGUCCCCCAGACUCAGCACCUCCAUCUUACCCCCCAUCCACAGCCUCACUCACCCCAUCGCCCCUUCUGCCGCCCGAUAGCCCCUACCCGACCUUGGUGACACCCAACGGCACCUCCAAAAGAGCACACUUCCCUGACCUGCCGCCCCCACCUCCCUCAACUGCGGGUUUCACCCUCCAGCUGCCCCACAUGGUGCAUCCCUCCCACCUCCGAUGCCCCGCUGACUCCGUCCCAGAUGAUUUGACAGAUGGAGUGACAGCAGACAAAGACAGCCUCUGCCCCUCUGUUGUUGUGGCAUCCAGUGUGGAUGCUGACCAGGAAGGGGACAGUGAGGAAGGCUCUGUCCAGGGAGGCGUGCAGCUGCGGGAGAAGCCUGGCUUGAAAUCGGAAGGGGGCUGGAGGAGGCACAUGAGCUUGGAGGUUAACCCCCUGCUGCUGCUCUCCUCUAGCCCAGACGGGAGACCUUCAGACUGGGAAGGCGGUCUCGGGAAAUCCCUCUCCGUGCAUAAUGUCAGCCAGCCUUUGGCCGGCCAUGCCCCGGGUCUCUCCUCCACACUCAACAACAGCGGCAGCAGCAACGGUAGUGAACGUGGCAAUGCCCAGGGUGACCUUAGGAACUGGGACGGAACAGAACUCUUCAUUAGUGAGUGCAAGCUAGAGCCAGCGGAAGAACAUUUCAACUUCCUCUCCCAGGGACCUGACAGCAGCCCCUCCGACCUUUCACAGACUGUGGAGGAGGCUGCAACUCACCCAAAGGGAAACUCAGAGUUUCUCAGUCAGCUGGCAUAACCACACACACACACACACACACACACACACACACACACACACACACACACACA